AUGGCGCCCAACCACAAAGUCAUCGCCUCCCUCUCCACCCUCCCCAGAGAGCUGGCCCACCAAAUCCUCAACGACAUCCGCAUCUGGGACAUCCUGCGGCUCAUCUGCCACAACAAUGCCCACAUUAACACCGACAUCCUCACACACCCGACCCUAGGCCGUCUUUUCCACUAUGACACCAGCGUCCUCGAUGAAGUCCGCGCUGCAGCAGACCUCUACCGCACAGUCUGCGCAGCCCACAGCCUCACCGCAGCGCCGCUGACAUCUCCACUAGCCCUAAACGCCCAGACAUUUAACUCAGACUACAAGGAAAUCACCAACUACAUGCGCCACCGCCUCAUCGACGAACUGUAUCUUGACCCCUGGAAAGUGGACGUCCUGAGUCGCUACGCCCCACUCCCCACCGUGUGGGAGACAGGUACCAUCGCCGGGCUAGAAGCCGGGUGGAACACCAUCCAAGCCGCGCAGCAGAAAGUCAAUACGCGGAAGGCUGUCCAGCUGCAUAAGGCGGCUGAUUUGCUCGAGGCUAAUCCAGAUGUGUUAAAGAAAAUGGUCGAUCCCAGCCAGACGCCGCGGAAGAAUAUCCCGCAUAUUGUGGGGCGGAUUCGGGGCGCCGAAAAGCGGGUUGCGAGGCAGUCUUUACUGUGGAGCCAUACGCUGACCGGUACGUCGUGGUUUAUGUAUGGCCAUUUCUCGUUGGUGCCGUUUGAUCGGACGUUGGGUGUUGUUUUGCGGGGGUUGGAGGGCUUGGGGGUGGAGUGUGGGUUGCAUGGCGAUGGAGGUGAUGAGGUGGUGUUGAUGAAGAAGACGGAGGGCUUGGGGGAGGUGGGUGUGUCAGUCAGGGUCGUGGUUGAGGGGUUGCGGGUUGUGUAUAGUGGUGAGGAGGAGGAGGGUCGGUUACCCCGAAUAGCCAUGCAUGAGGAUGGCCGGUCUUGGUACUUUAUUCCCAGGGGUCCAGUGGAUGCGUUGAAUUAUGCCAUGGACGGUUGGGCGAGACAGUAUGACGCUCAUGAUGAGAGGGAGAUUGCCUGGUUGGAGGCUUUUGUUGCGGUGUAUCGGCAUUUUGAGGCCCAGAGGUGAGAUGGCUGGUGUGGCUUUGCCUUGGCU